GAAGAAGAAGAAGAAGAAGAAGAAGCAGCAGCAGCAGCAGCAGCAGCAGCAGCAGGGGAAGCAUAUUUAAAUAAACACGGUAUUUACAAGUUUAAGAAAUACAUUUGGUUUGCAAUCCGCCAAUAAAUCCACAGAAGAAGAAGAAAGACAUACAUUUCAUGAGAUAAGGCCCUUCACCGCCCGGUGGUGAGUUGACGGUUGCCCCAGUGAGUUCCAGUGAGUGGAGCCGCCUGGCCUGGCGGGUCUCGCACUGACUGUGUGUGAAUCGGGGACAUUCUGACCUCGUAUCACGGGCAACAUGCAAGGACGUCAGCGAGUUGUGUGUCAGUAGGUGAUCCAUCUGUCUUGGCAUGGCUCGGGAUUUCAAGCCUGGCGAUUUGAUUUUUGCAAAGAUGAAGGGUUAUCCCCACUGGCCUGCAAGGAUUGAUGAGAUUCCAGAUGGAGCCGUCAAGCCGUCAAAUAUAAAGUUUCCUAUCUUCUUUUUUGGCACUCAUGAAACAGCAUUCUUGGGUCCCAAAGACAUCUUCCCCUAUUUGACUAACAAAGACAAAUAUGGCAAACCAAACAAAAGGAAGGGUUUCAAUGAAGGCUUGUGGGAGAUUGAAAACAACCCUAAAGUGGAGCUUAACGGACAUAAGAUAAUGAAUGCUGGAGCAAGUUCUGUUAAGGAACUGAGCAGCAAUCAAGAGGGAGAUGAUGAGAAAAGGAGAAAGUCAUCUCAAGUGGCUAGCAGUGAGGUGGAGGAGGAAGAGGAGGAGGAGGAGAAGGAUGAUGGUGGGGACGUGGAGGUUUCUGAUCAGGGACAUCUGAAAGAUGAAAACUCAUCACAGAAAGAUACCACAAAUGUCUCUGCCAAAGCUAAAAGAGGAAGAAAAAGAAAGAUUGAAGCUGAACAGGACUCUGAUACAGAAAACUCAAGCCCCACUUCAUGUGCUCCUGGUCUAGAUGUAUUAUCAGCAGGUGGACCGAUUCCAUUACUAAAGCGCAGAGGAAGAAAACCUAAAACAGAGAAAUCUCUGCAGCUGCAACAACAGGCUUCAAAGGAACCACUGAGAUUAGGAAAAGAUGGAAAGAGAGAUGAUAGAAAAGGUGACAAGAGAAAAGAAGUUUCUGCAGAGGCCAGACUGCAUAAGUUGCAUGGGGAGAUUAAAACAUCUUUAAAGAUCGAUAACCUUGAUGUGAGAAAAUGUUUAGUUGCAUUGGAUGAGUUGGGUUCACUGCAUAUUACUACUCAGCAUCUUCAGAGACACUGUGAACUCAUAGCUACUCUUAAAAAGAUCCGGAAGUUCAAAGCCAGCCAGGAUGUGAUGGACAAAGCCACAAUGCUGUAUAAUAAGUUUAAAAGCAUGUUUUUAAUGGGAGAAGGAGAGUCAGUGCUCAGUCAAGUGCUCAAUAAAAGUUUGACUGAACAGAAACAGUUUGAAGAAGCCAAGAAGGGAGUGCUAAAACACACAGAACAGACCAAAGAGCAUAAAGAUACCAAGAUUUUGAAUGGAGACUUCAACCCUGAAGAGGAUGCUGAGACAAAAUUGGAGAAAUUAGGAGAGAAUAUCUUGUGUGUUGUGAAAAACAAGUAAUAAAAUCUUUUCAGAUUUUCA